AUGGGGCUUUAUUUACCUCCUGGUGGAUCAAAAAGUCCGAAUGCCUCAAAACUGGGGCGCAAGGAAGAUCCUGAUGACGCUAAUGAAGAAGGGACAAAGUUUUAUGUCAGACCUAGCUUAGGUCUUAGGCUUUGGGGCCCCUUAGUCCCUGCUUCGGACAACAGAAAAGGUUUGUGGACGUUGGUAGCAAUACAAACUGGACUAGGUUUACUGUGCAUGAAGAGGUUCAGAUCAAUUGGUGCUAAAGUGAUCAAGAGAGAUAUUGCCGAUUUCCCCAGCUUAAAUAGGUUUUCCACGACGCAUGGUAAUAUGUAUGUCACCAAGCAUGGGGCAACAACCUUCGGUGGCACACAUUCGUUUCGCAGACAAGCAGGUGAGAAGACAGGUUUCUUUAAUUCUCCAAAGAUCACAGCAUUAAGGCGGACUCUCUAUUUACUGAGCGGAACGCUUCUUUUAAGUCAAUCUCUUCUUGAAACCUGCAGGUUAACCUUGCUUAAAUAUGAUCCGUGGUAUGAAGAGGCACGAUCUGUGCGUGACAAACAGUUUUUCAAUGAUAUCAUCAAGUUUUAUCAUGAAGGUGUCGAUCCAACAAAGUUCAAAGUCAAAGAUGCAAGCAAUGGCACUGUACUGCCGCUUAAUAUACCAGAAGUGAAGCAAAGUGUAGCAGUAGCUCGAGCUACUGCGCAAGCAGAUAAUUUCAUCGUGGAAUGGUUUGGUCCGUUGGAGUACAAGCCUAUGUCAUUUUCUGAUUUUCUGGAUAGACUGGAAUACCAUAUAGAUAUGUCAGAUUUUCUGAGAAACAAGCAAACCCAGGAGGUUGCAGCUGAGUUGUUGGGUAAGAAGAUUUCCCAUGGACAGUCGGAGCUGGAGGAAUUGGUCGAGCGAAACACCAAGAACAGGGAAAGAAUCUUUGCUUUACUGCUUGCAGCUCCAAAAAAUAGUAUUCCCCAAGCAACAGCAAGUCAUCAUGUGGAAUCAAAAGGUGUUCUUCUCGAUCCAGAUUGCCGCAGUCCAGAAGACAUUAAUUUAGACGAAAUUUGGUCCACCUUUAAUCCUUGGAUGGACUUGGCUCUGGAAACAUCCUUGAGUAUAAAGUUUUUACCCACCGUCCUGAUGCCAGAAGACACUAAAGACGGCAAACAAUCCAUAGUAGAUUCUGAGAACGAUGGAAACGAUACGGAACCAUCGCGUAAUUAA